AUGGAAUUAUUGGAUUUUUUGAUGGAAUGUGCUAAAAUAGAAAGAACUAUUGAAAUAAGUAGGUAGUUUUUAACUAAAUUCCCUUCAUUUCAUCCUUAUUAGACUUUUAAAUAAAUUGACCAACAUGAUGAAGUAUUAUAAAUAAUUACAAUAAUAGGGUUAUAUUACAGCUUAGACAAUAUAGGUCUUUUUACAUAGAUUUGGUCAUUUACAUACACUUAAGGAAUGUGGCAUAUUAUUUUACAAACCAGAAUUUAAAUAUGUAGACUUCUUAAGAUUUCUACUUCCAACAAAUCAACUGUUAAGAGAUUAUAUUUCUCAUUCAGAUUAAAAAACCUUAUAAUCAAAUGAAUGUUUAAAGGAAAUAGCAAAACAUAUAAGCUUAGAAAUUGUAUUAAUGAAUAAUUUAGUACCACCUUAAUCAUUAGAAAAAUUAGCUAAUGGAACUAGAGAAGAUAUUGAAUCUUUAUUUAAAAAGGAAAGGUUAUUUGUUUAUUAAGAUGAGAUUGAUGCAAUAAUUAAGAGAUUAGACUUUUAUGGAGAUGGUUAAAUUGAUUUAUUAUUGUUAAAAAAUUGGGUACUUAUCCUAAAUUAAUAAAAUAAAUCGAAAAAUGAAAGAGAAUCAUCAUCUGCAUUUGUAACUCCUAAAAAGAAAGUUUAGAUAAAAAAUGUUAUUAAAACAACUGAAAGAAAAGGAUCUAUUAAUAAAACACCUAAACUUAUAAAUAUAUCACCUAAAAAAAGAAAUUUAAUAGAAAAAUAAAAAUCAACAAAAAAAGUAGUAAAUUAUGAAAUUUAGAAAUAAGAAAUAAGAGGUAAAAUAGCUUAAAAGAAAUAAGAAGCAUAAACUGAAAAGAAAAUGAUUAAAGAAGUAUUAACAAAUAAAAAGAAUAUUAAAAGUUUAUAAAAAAUAAAACCUAAAUCACCAUAUGAAAUUAUAGAAUAUCUUUUAGAUAAAGAAAUUAAAAUAGAAAAAAUUAAACAAUAAUUAGCUUUGUAAAAAGAUUUUAACACUUUGGAUGCAUUUCAUGCUUUGGAUGUUUAUGGUAAAGGAUCUAUAGGAGUAGAGGAAAUAGAUACUCUACUUAAUUAGAAAUCUGGUCAGAGUGCUCAUAUUUUUAAUAGAUUCAACAGUGACUAAUUAACAUAUCAUGAUUUUUUAAAUCUUCUAUAACCUUUUUCUGUUAAUUUUGCUGAAAUACUUAAUACUAGAUAAUCAAAUGUUGAUGGAAAUCAAAAAAAGUUGAAUUAGAUAUUUAGUAAUUAAACUAUAAAAUUAUUGAUUGAACUAUUAACUUUAUUGUAAUAAAUUCCAGUGAAAUUAAAUGCAGACAUUUAAUUAUUCACUAAAAUUGAUAAUAUCACAAGAGAUAAUUUUAUUGGAGUAUCAGAUGUAUAUAUUUUUUAUUAUCAAUUUUAGUUACAAUAAUAUCUUUAUGAAAGUGGACUUAGAUACACUCAUCAUGAGACAAUGCUUCUUAUAAAUGCUUAUGAUAAAGACAAAGAUGGAAGAUUAUCCUUAUAAGAAUUCUUAGAUAUAUGA